UUUUGGAAUCGGUUCUUACCCUAGUCUCUCUCUCUCUUCGCGCGCUCCUGCUCUCUCUCUCUCUCUCUCUCUCUACGCAGCAACAAGCCGACGGCCAGCCGCCGUCGCUGCCGCCGCCAUCGAAGCUCUCGAGCGGAAUCGGGAAGCACCCCGCCGAGCCCUCCGGUCUCCGUUCCCCAGGUCGCGCCGCUCACGAUUCGAGCGAGCGAGAGCAGGCGGCGUCGCGGGUGUUCUCUUGCUUUGCUUCCCGUGGCGCCCCGAAGUUCGUUCGGGGGAAUUUUCGCGAGCCAGACUGGCGGGACGAGCCACCAUGGAGGAGACAAGCAGUUCACCCGACAAGGAGACCGUGGACAGAGAGGCCCCUCAGUUGGCUGCAGCGUUGAAGGAAAUGAAAGAAGGGCUGGAUACGGUGAAAGCAAAGGUGCAAGCUUUAACUGCAAAGGUAAAAGCAAGUCAAUUUCCAACAGCAGAAGGGAUAAGCUACCUUGAAGCGAAACACCUACUUCUUUUAAGCUAUUGCCAGUCACUCGUGUAUUAUUUGCUGCGGAAGGCAAAAGGACUUUCAAUUGAUGGUCAUCCGGUUGUUCGGAGCCUUGUAGAGAUAAGAUUAUUUUUGGAAAAGAUCCGACCCAUUGACAAGAAACUCCAAUACCAAAUUCAGAAACUCACGACGAUUGGUAGAGGUGCUGCAGAGAGCACUGCCUCGAAUGAAAAGGAAACAGAUGCUCCUCGGAGAACUGAAGAUUUGUUGAAAUAUCGUCCAAACCCAGACAUGCUUGUCAGCAAAUCAGAUACAACUGCUGAGGGCGGUAGUGGUGUUUAUAAGCCUCCCAAGUUUGCCCCGACUUCAAUGGGGGAGGACAAGAUGUCAAGGCAAGAAAAAAAUGCUUUAAGAAAGGAGAAAGAGACUCUACGGCAAGCUGGGCAGAGUGACUAUGUGAGAGAAUUGAUGGAUGAUUUGCAGGGGAAACCUGAAGAGAUUCGUGAAGUUAUUGGGACCGAAAGUAGGGAGCUUACUACGUAUAAGGCAAAAUGGGAAGAGCGUGCACGGCGAGAAGAGGAGCUUUUCACUCGAGCUCCUGUUACAAAGUUGGAGAAAAAGAAGCAGAAGCACUUAUUGAAGUCAAGAAAUGGGUUGCUUGGCCUUACUGACAGCUUUUACGAUGAAAUCAAAACCUUGCCUUUAGAGGAUGAUGGUGGUGAAAAGAUGUCUGGCUUUGGUGGUGGUGGUAGCAGCGGGAUCAGAAAAUUUAAGAAGCACAAGAGAAGGCAUUGAAGGAGAGCUUUUCAUUUUGUGAAAAUAUCUUGUGAUGCAUGGCUGCCGUUUGAGCAAGAAUGAGGCAGAGGGGAGUGAAUGCCAUUUUGUCGAUGGUGCAGUUUUGCUUUACUGGAAGAGUUGUAGGUUUCAUAAUGUAACAGAAGGCUUGUUCAUUAUGAUCUCAAAUAUUACGUAAAUUUCGUAUAUUAUUCAUGUGAGAUCGCGACUUCAUCAAACCAAUGUCUCCUUUUUGAAUUUUUUAAAUGUUAUUCUCCUUUGAGCCAUUGUAAGCUUUUUGGAUUCUGGGUCUAAGCACCUGUAAAAACUACUCAUAAAGCACGGCCAAAGUGCCCAAUCGAUGCAUUUUCUGGCAAGUA